AUGCUGGCCGACAAAUACGGCGGGCGAAGAAACAGCCACAAAAAAGCCAAAGAGCGAGAAAAGCACGAGACUAACGCUUCUGGCGCCCGUGCCGCUUCAUCUUCAACACCCUAUGCCAAGACCCUCAUGGUUGGCCUGCUGCUCCCGGCACGGUUCCGUCGAGAAGCAGAUCGCUUCUCUCUCUUUGCUUUGGCCAUCAACACACACCCUUGUCUUCACCCCAACCUUGCCAUCGUGCGCACCAUCAGCUUCGUCUUUGGCCAGCUAGGGGUGCCGGUCGUCAUUGCUCUCGUCGUUCAAGGCAGAUCCGUUGAUCUCCGUGGUCCCACUGCGACCUGUAGACCCGCUCACCACUCUCGAUAG